AUGGCCGAUCCUUCUCUCCUCCACCACGACGCGGCCGCACGCGACACCGAUGCGCCAAUAGCUUCUAAUGGCACAGGCCCCGCCUUUGCAUCCGCAGAGAGCUCGAGCUUUGCGCAAACCAGCUUACCACUACGACAGGCACCGAGGCGUGGUGCGCCGCCUCAAAUUCAUGAUGUGACGGAGAAAUUUACGAGGGCUUGUCAAGCCCUCGAUGUCGGUCAGCUCAUCAAAGAUGAAUAUUUUACGCUUUUCGAAUCCAUUGGAGCCAUUGAGAUCAUGGACGCAAAGAUGGACAGCGGCUUCCUGCAACCAGGCGAGACCUUGGAAGACGACUUUGACCUACUUGCACCUCUCUUGCCCGAGGAAUUGAUUGGCAUCAUGGAUCAGCUCUUAAGCUAUGAAAUGGCGUGGCAUACAGGCUAUCCCCUGUCCCAGACGCUCUUCACUUCAGUCUACAUCGACAGACUACUUUACCCAGAACCUAAGACCAUCCCUCAAGCGCAGUUCUACCGUGGCGACAUUCCGGAUGACAAGAGACCAGGCACAUUGCUGGACGUGCUAAGAGCGUACUGUUUAGCCCUAAUCAAGGGGUGUGACUAUGUAAUCGCAAAGAUCAUGGCGAGGGAUUACUUCGAGGAGGAGGACUUUGCGACGCAUACGUAUAACCGAGUGUUGUUUGUGCAGGUGCCGAUAGAUGUGUUCCUGAGGGAAUUGGAUGCAAGCGUAGAGAUGAUUGAGGACUCCGAUCUCAAGAUUGAUGACGAACUUCGAUCAGCUAUAAUUGCCAGACUCCAUUUCAGGAAGAGUUUCCUAUGCGCUCUUGAUCCUGAGUGUCCACUGGAGCUUUUAUCCAACUUUUGGCCACCUGUACUUCCACAUGUCGACAAAGUUAACGAUACUCAACAUUUGGGAAGGACCGUUCCUGGGUCCUUCAGCACCAAGAUACAGCGGCGACUUGCGUCAACAGUACCACCACGGCCGAUAGUUGAAGUCGAGUUCAAGGACGCGUUGCAGACAUUGAAGCAGCUAUGCGCCGAUUGCGAAGAAGCAACUCGCUUCAAAGACUUGCCGACAGACCCGCUGGAGUACCAGUCUUUCCUAUGGACGUUCGCUUCUCGCCAGCCAGCGCCUCUUACAUACUCGCGGUCAUACCUCUCGAACAUCCUCUUUGACCCCUAUAUUCUGAAUGCGCCUGUGUCAUUGCCUCUCGAAGAUGUCAAAUCAUUCGUCUUCCAUGAAUCUCCCAUCUUGGACCCUGCCAACUGGGCGCUUUCUCCACCGCGCAACCCAUUGAUGCCCAAACCGCCAAGAUUGCAGUUCGCCCUUCUGAUUGACGAGUUCGUGGAGCGAGUGGGACAGCCCUAUCUCGAUCUGUGGGUAGCCCUGGGCCAGAAUAGGUGUCGUCUCCGCCGAAUGCUCACGCACGUAAUAAUAGCUUGGGAUAUGUUGCAACAGGAUGCUGUAUUUGUCGAUGCCGAUCUCGUGGUUCAUGCCUUACAGCUCAACAUCGCUGAGGAAGUCAUGGACAGCCCACUUCUGACGUGGGUAUACAUAAAAAAGUUGUGGAUGAUUGAGAAAGUCAUCAUCCUAGGCUUCGAACAGGACAUAUACCUUCCCGACGAACACGCGGGCAUGUAUUACUUCCUAUCACUUACAGCAGGGAAGCGAAAAGACGCAUUACAGCGCUGUGCGGAACAUCUCUCCGAGCGUUGUAUACAAUUUGUCCAGAAAUCGCGCUAUCAGGAUACGAAUGACACAGACAAGAAACUUGCCUUCAUCGACUCUGAACUCCAACAAGCCACGGGUAUCAGCGCGUUCGCAAAAGCACUUCACGGUUUCUACGUGAUAGCGAAUUACCUCCAUCUCCUUCCCUGUCCUGGUCGACCUUUCUCUACCGAGGAGCUGCGUUACGAACUGCGCAUGAAGCCUUUUCUUACGCUCCAACCGCCCGAGGUCCCACCCUUCGAAGAAUUCCAGACUGCGCUCCAACCGUACGGCGCGUAUUCCGACCCCAAACCAUCAAUCAACGAUGAUCUCAAGCAAGAACACUCGUUACCAUGGACUAAUAUCGACGCUUCACUGAAAGCUGCUAAGGACGCCUUUGCAGACGUUAAGAAACGCGGUGCUAAGGGCGCCAAGGCGAAGGGAGUGGAGCAAGCGUGGAACAAGGAGACGCAGGGUAUGUUAGCCAGCUGCGUCGCGUUGGGCGUUGCUGUUGCGGGGCUCAAGAGCGCUGUCAAGAACACUGAACUGGGGCGUGGGCCGCAGUUAAAGGUCGAACUUCCCACGGUAGAUAAGAGGUAUGUCGGAGGAUGGGUGGUGCCGAAGAUCGUGAAGGAGUAG